AUGGCCAUUCGUGAGAGAGUCAAGGCGAUCUUCCAUCGUUCGUCUAAAAGCACCAGUCAACUGAACGGAAAACCCAAAGUUGAAUACUAUCGACGAAAUGAAGUGCCGCCUUCCAAAUUCAAGGGUCCAGCCGAUAAAGCCGUUUUACGUCAAUUCUCCGGCUUCUCGUUUGAUAGUGCCAUGUCGGAGCGUCGACGUUCCCUCGACAUGACCAUCUCUCCCUUCGACACAACUGGCGUUUCUCCAUUCGACUCUGAUGGCACCGAAGACGUUUCCCCCGAUGCCGAUGGUGUCCCAAUCAUGUCAUCCUCGGAUGCUGAACAAUCUCCGGUGUCCCCCAUCUCGACUGAUAUGCCUCGCGCUUUCCAUGGCUCAGAAUCUUCCACUGUCGUCAACUCCAACUCCGACAGCUACAAUGGGUCCAACGGCUCCCUGCUCACCCUCCUCCCGGAAGUCUCGGUUUACGAAAUUCCAGAGGACCCCAUUGCCCAGUGGAAGGACUCAAUCCGGUACACCUCGCCUAUUGUGCGCGCCAUGUCACCAGCCCCGAAGUCGCCUCGUGGCAAACAAUUACCUUUCGCUCCUGAGGAGCUUACUCGCGCCCUCGCUGCCGUGCAGCUCUGCGCGUGA